UUCAUUUUGAAGGGAGAACUGGCUGGCUGGCUGGCUGGCUGGCUGAUCGCAUGUGACUUAUUCUAUUAGCAUACCACUCGCCCAACAUUAAGCCCCAAAUCAGUGAUCCCAGUAACUUCAGACCCAUGGCCAUGAAUCUCACAAGCCCCAAAUACUUUCAAGCUCAGUCCAUAUUUGGGUCCAAUGGGGAAUCUCCGCUGGUGGAAAACACAAGCUUCUAUGGGAAAAGCAAUGACAACCCAUUUGUAGAGACCUUCCCUGACCCACUUUGCAAGCUUAAUCUCAAAGAAACCUCUGAUUUUGUCAAGUCAUUUCCAAUGGCCAACAACAUCAAAGAAGGCGGAGGGUUUCUUGAGGUUUCAGCUCAGAGGAGAAGAGAGGGGAUGAACUCAGUCAAUCAGAGGAGAAUGGAGGCUCCUUCAACACCUGGCAGACCUGUUUUCAGUUUCAGUGCUGGGAAUCAUUCAAGAAAAAGCUUUCCUUCCAAGUGGGAUGAUGCAGAGAAAUGGCUGAUGAGCAGCUCUUGCCAUGACUCUCCUGCUCAUCCCAUAAAGCCAUCAGAGUCCUCAAAGAUCACCAAACAGUGUGAUAACUUUAAGCAACAGGUGGAGGUCUUUGCAGAAAAAUCAAGGGUCACAGAGGAAAAGUUCUCAAAAGUAGUUUCAAGCUUUCAAAGAUCUGCAUCUUUGGACAAUCAUAACUCAGUCAUGGCUCUCGAUGGGGUCUCUGCCUCAACAGAUGUAUUUCUAAAAGAUAAGUUCACGGACAAGAUAGAACCCGUUUUCCCCAAUUUCAGAUACUCAGAGCCUACAAAAGAAGGGUUCUUGUUCAAACACCCGGCAGGUGGAACCAUGAAAGAUGGCUGUACAGACGUGGUUAAUGAGGUCCACCACAGAGAUGUUGGGACAGAGAUGACCCCGCUUGGCAGUUCUACGACUUCUAGAUGCCAUACACCCUUCAAGAGCUCAUCACCUGCGCGCCAUAACACGCCAGCGAAUAGGUCAGGACCGCUGGCCUUGGGGAACUCCAGCAGCAACAGUAGCAGCAUCGACAUUUCCCAGCUGCAAGAGUGCCAUUUAGCUAAGCUACAGCUUGGGACGCAAUAUGAUUCAGUCACGUCGAAUUGGAGCUCAAGGGAAGAGGAGGAGGAGGAAGUAUCAAAGAGCCUCAGACAUUUUGAAACGGAUCCCGGGUGCCGGAAAAGUGUUUCAGACUCCAGAGCUGCUGCGUGGGAAGAAGAAGAAAAUACAAAAUUCUGCCUCAGGUAUCAAAGAGAAGAAGCAAAAAUUCAAGCUUGGGUCAACCUCCAAAAUGCUAAAGCAGAGGCUCAAUCAAGAAAGCUUGAGGUGAAAAUUCAAAGGAUGAGAUCAAACUUGGAGGAGAAGUUGAUGAAGAGAAUGGCAGUUGUUCAUAGAAAAGCUGAAGACCUGAGAGCAGCGGCCCGGCAGCAGCACUCAGAGCAAGUUGAGAAGGCUAGUGAACAAGCACGGAAGAUGAUAAACCGGCAUAACUCACAUUUUCCUCUCCACAACUCAUGUGGUUGCUUUCCUUGCAAUAACCAUCAUUGAGCAUGAAACAAAAAGACAAAUUCUCACUUGUCUACUAAUGAAAAGAAGGCUACUUGUUGAAUAAAAUGAAUUUUUCCUUUGUUUU